CGGAAACAGAGCAACGUACACAUCGCAGGCGGUGUUCACACGUGGGUUCAGAAGUUUAUCAGAGUAAUGUGGUGUAGUGAACUUCAUUAAAAAAAAACAUGUCGAGGAGGCAGAGAGCUAUUCCAGAAGAAAAGACCACUUCUGAAGUGGGACACACGGAGGAGGAGGAGGAGGAGGAGGUCGUGGAUCCGCCGCCGGAGACCAGACGGACACGCAGCGGGCGCACAGUCCGCACUCCUGCUGCACUGCUAGGCUCUGAAGCUACGGUGAGGACUCCCAGCAGGAGGACCAGGAGAUCUGUGCUACAGGAGCUGCCGGCGGUGGAAGAGAAAAACACGGAGGAGCCAGAGCGGAAACCCGAGGAGAAGUCCAGCAUGCCCGCUGAAACGGAACCGUGCGUCGUGUCAGACCCAGCAGGCAGAGCCGACGUUACCGGCAGCGGAGACGAUCAUCUGUCCAGGCCUGCACCGACAGAAACGGCCCCCGCGAGUCCAGAGACCGUACCAGAGAAGAAGCCUCGUCUGGCUCCAAGUGAGACACAAAAUCCGGUCAUUCCGCUGGGAAAACCGAAAUCUGGAAGAGUGUGGAAGGACCGCAGCAAGCAGAGGUUCUCUGCGUUGGUGAGAGAUAAGCCGUUGUGCACCUCUUGGGAAAAGAAGAUGCAGGCCAAGCGAGAGAAGGACCUUGUGAAAAAAUAUUCUUUGCAGCUGAAAGAGGAGCAAGCCAAACAGAAAGAGGAAAAGAGGAAAAGGAGGGAGGACAACCUGAAACGACGCGCAGAGAAUGAACGCAAAGCAGAGAUUGUGCAAGUGAUCCGGAACACAACAAAGAUCAAGAGGAUGAAGAAGAAGCAACUCAGAAAAAUAGAGAAGAGAGACACACUGGCUCUGCUGCAGAAGUCACAGAAGCAGAUCGGAAAAGCCAAAGGGCAAAAAAACACCAAUGCUGACAAAGAUUUAACCUAAAGACUGAGAUAAUAAAAAUACAUCAAUUCAGUA